GGAGCAUCCAACUUUGCCAAAUUUGACGAUUGUUGCGCUGGGCGGGACACAGACCCCGGGAGGACAUCAUGGCUCACUGUGCUCGAUGGCGAGUAUCAAAUCUCGCAACAAAUUAUUCAACAUGCAUUUUCAAUCGGUCUUUUUCGACCAGCCGCAUUGCUCUCGGGGUGACCAAGCCAGAGAUGUUUGCGCCUCAAAUCCGCCAGCCGCCGCAACGGAGUUUGAAGGUCGCCAUGAAGGAACUUGAAGGAGCGGGUCAAUUACCUACGGAUCUUGGUCUGCUUGAAGGCACUUUCGUUACGCCUACAGGCGAGAACAGACCUUCGCUCUUUCGCAAACCGAGGGAUUGCGCAACACUGUUCACGUUGUGGUUGAAGACACGCAUUACGGAUUUUAUCAGCGUCAUGUACUAUAAAUUUGCGCAAAAACCACGGUUAAAGUUGCAAUUGCGGCAGACCGUGCCAGCCGCUAGAUCUCUGCAUAGGGAGAUGUAUACAGCAUUCGCCAACGGCGACGUUGAGACGCUUCGUUCUAUUUGCGCCGACGGAAUCCUACACAGCUUUCGAGCACGAAUUGCGGCGCGCGGAAAGGACAAGCUCCGCUGGGAGCUGCAUAAGUACCUAAGAGGCGCACGUGUCAUUUCGCACCGCGCAGCGAAGUUACCAAUUGAUGGCGCUGGUCUUCGACAAGCUGUCGUAAGGCUUAAGUCUCGCCAGAGUCUUGCGAGGUUACGCCCAGACAACACAGCUGUGCCAGGCACCGGCAUCCAACGAGAUGUCACCGAGUACGUUGUUAUCCAAAGAACCAUGAUGAAUGGCAAGGAGGGCCCAUGGAUCGUGUGGGGCACGACUGAGGAGACUACCGUGGAUAAGGUUAAAGCUGCACAGAAGGCCAUCACCGGCCAGUAAAAAAAAUUAUAUCAAGGGAUCUGCAUGAUUGUAUAAUUUGUAUGGCAUUGGCGUAGCGAGCAUAGUCCAUUUAGGAAAUGGGAGUCACUGGUUCUUUAUGUAGAUUAUAAUGUCGCAGCUCAGGAAUGAGCAUGCAAUGUAUAAAAUUUCCCCUUUCUCACAUCUCUAUCCU